CCGGAUUACCAACAAAGGAUAAAAGCCACCACCAAACGCUCUCAGCCAACCUUUUCGUUGCGAUUUCUCAUCACCCACACGCAAUCAACAUUCAUUCUCGCCAUCACCGUCGCCAUGGCCAUCAUCGCCGUCCUGCAAUCCGUCUUCGCCAACUUGGCACCCUUCCAUCUUCUUUCCUUCUCGGCCCUCUUUGGCUCGCAGCUCUACCAGACCUUCGUCGUGACCAAGGUGGCCUUCAAUACCCUUCCCAGACCUGCCUACACCAAAUUCCAGAAGACAAUCUUUCCCGUGUACUUCCAUGGCCAGUCACUGCUCCUCAUUCUCACGGCGGUGACGUUCCCGCCACACGGACCGUUGUCGCUCAUCCAGCAAAAGAGUGACUGGAUUCCGUUUGCUGUUUCGGGUGUCGCAUCGGCUCUCAACUUCUUCAUCUAUGGGCCUAGGACACGCCAGUUGAUGCUGGACCGGGCUCAGCAAGGGACCGUGGACGCGAAAGCAACUGGCUUGGAUGGGCCCAGCGAAGAAAUGGCACUUCUGAAGAGGAAGUUUUCGAGAGCCCAUGCCAUGUGCAUUCAUCUAAAUCUGAUAUCAAUCGGGGCUCUCCUCUGGUACACCUGGAGGUUGGCCUCUCACCUUCAAUAUUGAGCAUUGAUGCGGCCAGUUAAAGACCCGAGUGUGACAGGCACCAACGGAUCACAAAUUCAUUAAAAACCGAAUAUUUGGUCUCAACUAGAUUCCAGUAGAUAUCUACAUCCCUUCUCCACUUCAUUGCAAUCAGACAACAUUAGCUUUUUGGUCA